UGGUGCGAAUGGUCGCUCGGGACCGGUUUGCGAGCUCGCCCCCUGUAAGCCGCACACGCUCGCAAUGGGUGCCCUGCAGGACUCGGGAAUCGUGAGCAGUUUCAAGGAGGAUGAAAAGGCCGCUCUUCGAGAAUCUUGGGACAUUUUUAACAAUAGCCACCAAGAUGCAGGGGUCAAAAUUUUAGCGAGGUUCAUUAUCAACAACCCCGAGGCGAAGAAAUUCUUUCCCAAGUUUAAAGGCCUCAACACGGCCGAGGAAUUGCAGAAUUCAGCGGAGGUCCGCAUCCAUGGGGACAAGAUCCUAGCGGCCGUGCAGCAAGCUGUGCUCGACUUGGACGAUCCCGACAAGCAGAAGAACAAGCUGAAGGACCUGAGCAAAUCCCACGCUCAGCAAUUCAACGUAGAGCCCGCCUACUUCAAGACGUUUGCAGAAGUCAUCCUGAAGUACGUGACCGAGACGUGCGGCAAGAGCUUUACCUCUGAGAUGCGUACGUCUUGGUCGAAGCUGCUGAGUCUGAUCAUCAUCGAGCUGCAGUCGGCCUACUAGGCACCGCUCCACAGUGCCUCCGUUCCACAGCACUGCCUCGGAAGCCUCUUUUAGCCACCCCGAGUGGGGUCUUUACAUUACAUAUUUUGUCACGUUUUCAUUUUAAAAAAUGGUGCAUUCCAGCUCAUUUGUAUGUGUUGAAAUGGUUUUGGAGCAGAACUUGAGCAUCGUUGUGGUGAUAAAUGGUUUAUAGGAAUAAAUAACACUGAAAAAUAUUAAAUGUACACGGUGCCUAAUUUACACCCCCCCCAUUCCCGCGCCCCCAAAAAACCGACGUGCGCUUCACAAUCUACUUGAUAUACAGGUUUCCAUAUGUGGGCUGGUGUGUGAGUGUCCGCACCACACUCGUAUCACUUGAAUGACUCGAUCCAAAGUCAGAAAAACGUUGCGUAAACCAUGGGCACGCAGCUCAGGGAAGCGGCGCUUGGUUUUUGAUGUAUCCCAAUUCCAGGGAUGUGUUGACAACGAGCAAUGCCUCCAGUUUAAUACCCACCAAAGGCGACAGGUCGGCCACAGAUACUCUGCCACUAGUCUACAGGAUGGGUAGUGGCAGGUGCACGUUGUGGCAGCGGUAGCAGUGGAUGUCUUUCGUGUGGGGUGUCUUUAGGCUCGCAUUCGAGGCUGCGCUGUGUACAAAAGCACUGUGGCGAUGCCAGUGUUGCCAACUGGGUGAUUUUUGUCCGCUACAUUUAGCGACUCCUUGGGUGCCUCUCACGACAUCUUUUUGUCGAGUCCAGUGACCUGUGACCUUGGAGGACCAAUGUCAUGCAAGUUGAGUCGCGAUUGCAGCUGUGUGCGUUAAGCAACACUCGUCGGGUGUAUGGUGUACAUUUUGGUAAAUUGUUCGUUGAAAUUUUGACGACUGUGGAAGAUCUACAGAGCGACUUUGUGAGGUUCAUUUGGCGACUUUGCAACACUGUGUGUGCGACACUUGGCAAUGCCGCGUGUGAAUGUGUAUGUACACGCGCUCCUUCCGUCGGGCUUGCUCUGAUGUCAUUUUCUCCCGGCUAGGGUUUGGCUACUUGUAAGAUGUAUGGAUGCCAUGAGUGCUCACACUACGUUAAGUAACUUUAGACCACGUUCCGAGUUGUACCAAGUCAUACCAUCCCGUCACAACUCAUUCACCGUGUGGACAAAGUUUGGUUGCGUGCUUUAAUUACGUGGUGACAAGUAUACCAUGUACGUUCCAUGCACAGAAUGUUAAGGUACUGGGCAACUCUGGUACCUUCUGGAAAACUUUUAAAGAACGAGCUGUAAAAAUGUUUAGAUUCGUGGCCAUGCUCGCAGGACAAUUUUAGGGAUUUGAGAAACUUAAUCGCGUUUUAACAACCGGUGAGAUUUAAUUGAUCCGGCGACCUCUGGAUUGUAUGUGUUGAACUUCUUUUGCGCCGUACGUAGCCAAAAGUGCUAGUUGGCAGAGCAGGAUCGUGAGUCCAGUGUGCGAACCAUCACACCGUGGCAAACGUUCCUACAGUUUACCGUAUAUUACAGUCAUAGUAUAUCAACACUACGGAAGUAAAAGGAGCUGUUAUAGCAUUAUAGAGAGGGAGGGAGAGUGCAAGCGUAGGGGGGUGGACAUCAGUUAACCGUGAUCCCGAUAUCCAAUCACGUUUGAUAAUGCCAGGGUGAGGCAAUUCAUGCACCCCUAGAUUACUUUUAUAACACCCUCCCUCCGUCACUUACCCUCCCCGGCCUCCUGCUACCCACAAAUCUUAUGGUCGGUUCCAUAAAUACAGGGGCUGGUUGCUAAGGUGACGUUAAUGUAGAUCCAUGGGAUAGAAUUGCCUGGCUGCCACGUGUCGAUGCCCACGUGGAGGUGUUGUUGCUAUCGUUUGAAAGGAGGCUGUAAUUGUGGCCCAUUUUUCAAACCUGAAUCCACUUUUAAAAGUCCUUUGUUGCUGCCGACUGUUGUAAGAAUGCUCUUGGGCAGUGGUUCUUCUUCUUAACCUGGGGUGCACCCUGCACCCCCUGGGGGUGCGAGAUAUCCCUUUCGGGGGGUGCGAGACAUGGCCAGACUGUUUUUUUUCGAAGGUAAAUCAUCGCACACACAAAUUAGGCACGGGCACGUAAGUUCAACUACUCUGCUUCAUCAAACCUGUCGAUUAACAUUUCUUUAACGAUUCAGAACCAAAGGGGUGCAAGGCUGCGGUAAAGGUUAAGAAGCACUUCCUCACUUGAGUCUCAACAAAGUGGCCCAUGUCCAACUGAUGGGCCACUUUGUUGAGCUAUCAUUUGUGGCCAGGUUGCUUCUGAAAAACAAGUUAAUAGCUCGGUGGCUUUUGCCUGUUAGGAAGGGGAUGCUUCAGUUUAAUUUGUUUUUGAGUGAUGUUACCCUUAUUUUAGAUUUAAGAUUACUAUAUGUUGAAUGUAUGCACCUUCCUGCCAAAGUAAAUUCCUUGUCUGUGCGAACUUUCAUGGCGAAUAAAACCCUCUCCGAUUCUGAUUCUCUUGUAUUGUUCGUUGUGGUAGCGUUUUAACGUGCCCCCACUGGAUAUCUGCGACAAAGAGCUUCAUUGCUCAUCGGAUUCUUGCUAUAUAAGUAAAUAUUCUGACUCUUAAUGUGA